AGAAAGGCGCGGACACGAAAUGGAUGAAGUAAUUUUUGACAAAACGCUUGCUGUCACGUUUAAGAGCUUGGACAGAGAUGGAAGUUGCAAGCAAGGAAGGAUCUCACUUCAUGUCGUUACUGCUACGACUACGUCUCCUGUCUACAAAACGGAACUUCAAGUUCGCUUGACCAGUGAAGACGACCCGUACUUUCUUCAUUCUCUUAGUCUUAAGGAAGAGGAUUUUCAAACGUUGAAGACUCAACAAGGACUACUGGUUGAUUUCACUGCUUUUCCUCAGAAAUUUGUUGAUCUACUGCAGCAGUGCUUACACAACGAGACCUCAGAACAGCCAAAAUUUUUGCUGCAAUUUGUGAGUGAACACCAGCAAGGUUGUUCAUUGUUGAACAUCAUCGAGGCAAAUCCAUUCAAACAUCUCACUCAUCUGUCUUUGCGAUUUGUGGCUGGAAAUGAUGCUGCUGUGAAGAGAUAUCUUGCUGAGUGUUUGCAGGAAGUGAAAGAACAGAAUGCUGUGCUGAGAGAGAGAUUUAGAGGUAUUGAAAAUGAUUUGACGAUGAGACUGUCGAGGUCUGAUGAAGGCUUGAAAAGUCAAACUGCUGAACUCGAAUCUCUAAGAGCCGACUGGAAGUCACACACAAACUCGUUGAUGUCAAACCAUGCACAAGAACUCACAGCAGAAAAAGAAAAAUCCUUUCGGGCUCUUACAGAAUGUCAACAAAAAUUUGAAGAAGAAAAACGAGAUACGGAGAGAUGUCACCAGACAAAGUCACGUGAUUACGAGACAAGGAUUACAGAGCUUCAGUCAAGCAACAGAGAGUUAACAGAACACAAGUACAAGGCAGAAUCAUCCAUACAUGAGUUGAAGACGAAGCUGAGCUCGUCUGAAGAGGAGUGUCAACGGCUGCGGCAAGAGUUACAAACGCUACGGUGUGACAAUAGCUCGUUGGAUGCAACGUGUCACGACCGGGAUAAGAUCGUUCAUCAACUCAAGACUCGUCUCGCUGUCCUGGAACAAGAAGUCAAGGACAAGGAGGACGUUGUGUCUAGAACGUCGUCGCUCCUGCAGACGACAUCCGAACAGAAAGUGAAGACAGAGAGUCUGCUGGAGCAAAAACAAAGAGACGCCAUGAAAUUGGAGUCUGUCGUGAAGUCUCUAUCAAGUGAAGUGAUGAAAGGCAAUGACAUAAUCCAGCGACUACAGAAUGAGCUGAAGAGUUACAAAGAUAAGGUCAAGUUGAAGAGUGUUGUGACCACAAAGCAAGAGAUGCUGAUUAGAGAGAAAGACAGUGCAGUUGAGAGACAGACACAAGAGUUAAGUGCACUGAGUCUAAGGGUUAAGGGAAAGGAUGAUGAGAUUGCCAAUCUACGGGAAUCUCUGAGUACUUGUGAAGCAAGGCUAGACGAAAGAGAACAGCAGCUGAAGACAAAUGAAAAUGUUAUUUCUUAUCUUAAUCAUCAAAUCAAUGACAAAUUGUUGGAACGGUCUUCUUUUCCGACAACGGGAGUGUCAAGUCAUGACGUUGUGAUUCGUCCACUCUGCGGCACAUUUCCUGUCGUGCCAACAACUGCAGACGUUUAUCUCAGGAAGCCGCUUGGCACACACCCUAUUACUAAUCAGCUGUCAACUGCUCAUUUGUCAGGAGGACAACACAAAGUAACUUUCAAGCCACAUCUUCGUAAAAGUGGCAUUCCGUUGCCAUCCAAGGCAGCCAACUGUCUGAACCCUGCUCUUCCCACAGUGCUCGAGAACAGGCUACAAUGUACUGAAAAUCACACAGCCCCAUACACAACUUCACUGUCACCAUCUUUAUGUCAAAUUGAUGCUAAGUAUCUAUCUAGUACGUCAUCUGUUGAAAUGUCAGGGCGACCAUCAGUUGCUUCUUAUCAGUCGACAGCGUCGCUGCUACAAGGUGUGUCACCUCAACAGAUGAGUGAUUUAACUAUUGGGAGCGGUCAGAGGAAUUCGCCCAAGUUUGUGUCUACUACAUAUAAUACUACAGCUACGGAUCAGGUGCCUCAAUCAGGAUUACAACCAUCUGCUACAGGACAGCCUUCGGUUAUGUCAGCUUACUUCCCACAUUGAAGUGAAGGUUUGUUAUAAGGGUGUUGUAGAAAUUGCUACUAAACACCAACUGCUUCUUGAAACUGUAGUUUUCCUUUACCUGCAAUGGUUUGGUAGUACACCUUCUGUUGUAAUAAGAAUGACUCAGAAUUUCUAUCCAAUUUCAUUGUAUUGUAGUAUCUAAUGCCUAAUUAACGUCACUCUUUCCUUGAUUGAUUUUUUGU